AUGACUAUUAAUGGGUUAUUGAUACCUAGCAAAUUUAUUCUAGUUUCCUGCCAUUUCAUCACCUCCUUGAUGGCUUAUUAUGGAGCUAAAGAAAACAUCUUGGCUAAUUUUCAAACCAAGACAUAUGACACCAAUUCUGAUGAGUACACCUCAGCGUAUAACUCCAUCAUUUCGUGCAUUCUCCUGGGAUUGAUUGGCCUUGGCAUUGAGAUGAUAUUCAUUAUUACUGGAAUUACAAUGUUUUAUGAUACCAGCAACUUUUUGAUUAUAUGUUUGCACGCGGUUGGCAUCAUAAUUUACAGCGAGUUUAUUAUAGGAGCAUGGCCCUACUAUGAAUUGUGGUAUUAUUGGGCGGCAUUUAUUUUGUUACCAGUUCUAUUGGAAAUAGUGGCGACCUGCUUUGGGAAUAUACUUUACGGGACAGCCUUCAAAAGAAGAUUAUCAAGAAAAGGAAAUUGAUUGAAUAUGAUUAUUAAAUAUCUUGAAAACAAAUUAAUAUGUCUCA